AUGAAGGGCUUGUGGGACAAAUGGAAACCAGCGGUGCUAAUGGUGGUGGUGCAGAUCACAUUUUCUGCUUGCAAUAUACUCUACAAGCUUACCAUUUAUGAUGGGAUGAGCACUAUUGUUCUUUCAGCCUAUCGUCUCGCCUUCGCAGCGGCUACCACCAUUCCCCUUGCUUUAAUUUUUGAGAGGAAGAGACCAAACAUGACUCGGAAGGUGUUUGGUUUGGCAUUUCUCAGUGGAUUGUUUGGUGGAGCUUUAUUUCAAAACUUAUUCUAUGGAGCCCUGACAUUUGCCCCGGCAACCUUGGUGUCCGCACUCUACAACCUUAUUCCUUCAAUCACCUUAAUCUUGGCCAUUUGCUUCGGUUUCGAAAAAUUAAAUUGGGGAGCAGCAACAGGAAAGGCCAAGGUAUUCGGAACAAUAAUUGGACUUGUUGGGGCAAUGUUGCUGGCCUUUUACAAAGGGAUAGUAUUUCAUAUUUGGCAUUUUCAUUUCAACCUUUAUACACUAUUGGACCAAACUGGGCACGAGAACGCUGACCAUGGUAAUGAAUUGUUGGGUGCUCUAUGCGUCAUAGCAAGCUGCUUCUGUUUCUCUAUCUGGAUGAUCAUUCAGGCUAAGAUAAAUGAAGGAUAUCCAUGCCGAUACGCAAGCAUAGCUUUGAUGUCUACAAUAGGAGCAAUACAAUCCAUUAUUUUUGGUCUUUGUGUUGAGAGGGAUUGGAACCAAUGGAAAAUGGGUUGGGAUGUCAGGCUCCUAACUGCGGCUUAUUCGGGAAUUAUGGCCUCCGGAAUUAUGAUUAUUGUCAUUGCAUGGUGCAUACACGUGAGAGGCCCUUUAUUUGCAUCUUCUUUCAACCCUCUAAUGCUUGUGCUUGUGGCUAUCGUUGCUUCUUUGACGUUGGAUGAGAAAUUAUAUUUGGGAAGUGCGAUUGGAUCGGUGCUGAUUGUGGUUGGACUAUACGCGGUGCUAUGGGGUAAGGGCAAAGAAAUGCAAAAAUGA